CUCCUCCUAGCGAGUGCGAAGAGGAGGAGGAGGAGGAGGAGGAGGAGGAAUCUUCCUCUUUUGCUCGGCGCUGGGAUUGCACUUCCUGGAGGAGCCCUCCCUUUGGGGCGUUGCACCUGGGAUCCCUGGUCCCCUGCAGACGGGAAGAGCAAUUGCAACAUCUGUCCAAAAUGAAGGACCGGCUGGAGCAGCUGAAAGCGAAACAGAACCAGGAUGAUACUGAUGACGAUUUGGAAAUUGCCAUCGAUAACACAGCUUUUAUGGAUGAGUUCUUUGCAGAGAUUGAAGAGACACGGCUAAAUAUCGAUAAAAUUGCUGAGAAUGUAGAAGAAGCAAAAAGACUAUACAGCAUUAUCCUGUCUGCCCCUAUCCCUGAACAAAAGACAAAAGAUGAUCUGGACCAGCUCACAGCAGAAAUCAAGAAAAUGGCUAACAGUGUCCGAAACAAACUUAAAAGCAUGGAGCGGAACAUCGAGCAAGAUGAAGUCAGGUCAUCAGCAGAUCUCCGGAUACGGAAAUCCCAGCAUUCAGUUCUUUCUCGAAAAUUUGUUGACGUGAUGACGAAGUACAAUGAGGCCCAGGUCGACUUUCGGGAACGGAGCAAAGGGAGGAUCCAGAGGCAGCUUGAGAUUACUGGGAAGAAUACAACAGAUGAGGAGCUGGAGGAAAUGCUAGAGAGUGGAAAUCCUGCAAUAUUCACAUCUGGAAUCAUGGAUUCCCAGAUUUCAAAGCAGGCACUGAGUGAGAUUGAAGGGCGGCAUAAGGACAUUUUGCGGCUUGAAAGUAGUAUCAAGGAGCUUCAUGACAUGUUUGUGGACAUUGCCAUGCUUGUGGAAAACCAGGGAGAAAUUGUAGAUAAUAUAGAACUCAACAUGAUGCACACCAUAGAUCAUAUAGAGAAAGCUCGUGAAGAGACCAAAAAGGCCUUGAAAUAUAAGAGUAAGGCACGCAAGGGAGCUAUGAUUGACCGCAUAGAAAGCAACAUGGACCAAUCUGUAGGCUUUGUGGAACGGGCUGUUGCUGACACCAAAAAGGCUGUCAAAUUUCAGAGUGAAGCACGAAGGAAGAAGAUAAUGAUCAUGAUAUGCUGUAUCAUUCUCGUCAUCAUCCUGGUCUCCACUAUCGCAGGUUUUGUUGCCUGAGCUCCCUGGUCCCAUUUCCUUGCCACUUGCCUCAGGGUGGCUGUGCAGGAUGGCUUCUCUUCUUUCGCUUUCUGUGGGUCCUACAGUUUCCACCGCCUCCUCUUCAUGGAGAGGUGGCAGCUAAUCAUUUACCCUUCAAAAUGUUUUAACUGGACAUGAAAAAGGAGCAG